GAGAGAAAGGUAGAGAAAAGGUCCCUGUGCUGGGGAGAGAGAGAGAUAGGAGUGAAAGAGAGUAGAUCCCCUGUACUGGGAGUUAGUGGUAGAGAAAGACAGACAAAAUCAGUCAGUCAGUUCAGAGUUUUCUGUUCCCUGCUGGGAGCGACAGUAGAGAGAUCUCGACUCUGAAUUGGAGUGAGUGAGAGGGAUUUGACUGAGCCUGUCUUUAAGGUUUCCGAGAGAGAGAGAGAGAGAAAAGGUUGGGGUGAGUGAUGACACGUGUAUAACUGUGUAAUUUAUGCAGAGUGUGAGACCAGAUCCUGUACGCCCUUGCUUAAUCAGGACAGAAUGCGAAAGAAAGAGAGUUUGGGCUUUAUAAACCGGGAAAUAGAGUGAGAAGGAAAGAGAGAGACUGAAGCCUGUAGGCUUAGAAUUGGGGUGAAACUGAGAGAUUGGGUCCUGUGUAGUGCGAGAGAAAGAGAGAGAUUUGGGCUCUUGUACUGAAAGUGAGAGUCGAUGCAGUCUGGAAUUGAGAGAGUAAGGAAGAGAAAAUGACUGGAUCCUGUAUGCCGUGUGAAAGGAUAAAACGAGACCCUGUAUACCUGGAGAAAGGCAACUAGAUUGUCAAUGCUGCGGGAAUGAGAGAAAGGAAGACAGAUUCGAUCCAUGAGUGUGUGAGAGCGAGACCGAGAGGAGAUUAGAUUCUGUACAGGGAGUGAAAGAGAGGGGAAGGUUAGGCCCUGUAUGCUCGAACGGAGAACAAGAAAGGAAGCGUAGACAUUCUAUAUUGGGAGUGGGAGAGAGCUAGAAAGACUAGACCCUGUAUGUUGGCUGUAUGUGUGUGUGAGUGAGAGAGAGAGAGAGAGAGAGACACACAUACCAGGACCACACUUUUUCUACUGUGAGGGAGAGAAACCCCUAUACUGUACAUGGGCAGAGACAGACUGGAGACCCUGUUAACUUCUACCAAGGAAGAGAAAGGGCCCUGUUUACUUGCUUCAGGCUGUGAGUAUAGGAGAAGGAAUGACAGAAAUUGUGAUCUGGCACUGACCCUUGGAAAGGAAGAGGUGAAGAUCUUCUGUGCUAUGAAUUGAGAGAAAAUAUAAAUGAAACUUGUUGCUUAUACCCAUUCCUAAAGGUGGAAAGAAAACACACUCCACCCUGUUUGGUAGUAGAUCGGUGGAAACAGGUUUACCAAACUCUUCAUCAGGUGCUGGAUAGUGCUAUUCGAACAAACGGGGAAUUACCCUGUGUAUAUUCCAGGAUUUGCCAUCUCUUCUUGGCUUUGGUCAAUUAUAGUUUAGUGGGAACUGUAUCAUUUUUGUGACUAGUCAGAGCCAACAAGGAAUCCCUGGAUCUCUGUAGAGUGUUGAAACUUCAGAGCUCUACUUCAAACAUCUGAAGGGGUGAUUGUAAUGAUGGAUGAGUGUGAAGAUGUUUCCAUGGCUCUCAGUCCUGACUUCUGUCCGAGUUUCCGACUGGGUUCCAGGAAGUUGCUGUCUGUGAUCCAGGACACCUCUAUGCCCUUCUCCCCUGUGCCUACGACCUCCCCCAGUUGCACAGUCAACACGAGUAACCUUAGCUCCUCUGAUGGUGAGACUCCAAGACGUUGCCUGAAUAUGUCGAACCUGAGUAAUGGCAGUGAGACAUCAACAUCUCCGGACUACGUGGGCAGGGGUCUAUGCCUAGACUCACCCAGCCUAACUGAUGCAAGUGAAUUCAAGCUGCCCACAGGAAGAGCACAGCCACUUUUGCCAAAGAUUCUCUGCAGCAGCCCGAUGUUCAGUGUGGCUGGUCAUCAGAGUCUGGUCCUGGACCAUGCGGAUUUCCAAAGUCUUGGACACAACAAGGAAAAUGAAGUAGAGUGGUCGAAACCACCCAUUUCCCGAACACCCGUGAUCCCGUUAGAAGAUCCCAGUGUCUGUGGAACAGGAUCUUCGAAGCCCUCUGUGCCAGACUUUGAAAUGGCAGGAGCCGGGAGCCCGAUGUGGACGGAAUCCCUCAGCCUGGAUGACCCGAUGAACAUAGAUGGGGUGUGUGGUGAUUUUUCUGAGCUGUCGCAGCGUGACACCGAGGGAAAUCCACGUGUGACUAUGUCAUCCAGCAUGGCUGCUCUUUUCACCAGCGAUCUCCUGAACCAGACCACAAGCAUGAGCAUGGUCAGCACGAUAGAGUCUGUACACGAGAAGAGCCAAGCAGUGACCACCUCCAACGUGGAUGUGACCAAACUUCUCGGUGAGGAGAGGAAUGCUGUAGAGCUGAUAGGGAACUUUUCCAAAGUGUAUGCAUUGCCCACAGUAAUGGGUAAGCACGGCGAUUUGAAGUACAUCUCUCCAGAAACGAUGGUGAAGGUCCUAUGUGGAGAAUAUGACCAUGUUUUGGAAGGAUGCUACAUCGUUGACUGCCGCUAUCCCUAUGAGUUUGAGGGAGGUCAUAUCCGGACUGACCAUUCCUGCUGCCUGUGCUUUUCCCAGGGUGCCCUGAACCUUCACAAAGCUGACGAUUGCGUUGACUAUUUCUUCAAGAAACCCAUAAUUCCCAGCUCCGAUGCCAAGAGGUUGAUAAUAGUUUUCCACUGUGAAUUUUCAUCAGAGCGUGGACCGAAGAUGUGCCGGUUGGUGCGGGAGGAGGACAGGAGUCUGAACGAAUACCCAAACCUGUACUAUCCAGAGCUCUACAUCCUGAAAGGAGGCUAUAAGGCUUUUUUCCCUCAGUUUGUGAAUUACUGCGACCCUCCAAGAUACUGUCCCAUGGACCAUGAAGCCUUCCAGGAGGAGAUGCUGAAGUUGCGGAGAAAGAGCAAGUCCUGGGCGGGAGAGCGUCGGAGGCGGGACCUCCUCUCCAGACUCAGGAAGAUGUGACCAGCUGAGAGGAGCAGCCAAUGAACUCUCUCUCGCCUUUUGAUAGGCGCUGCCCUUUUACUGGUUUCCUCCAAAACUGGUCCUAAGCUAUUUUUGACCUUCCAAUUCUUGUACAACCCGAUACAGCAGCGAAAGGACAGUCUAAAUCCUGCAACGUCAGAAAGCAGGAUAAUUAUUACCAUGUGUCAAGUUGGUGCAAAGUGGAUUUGGAAGGCAAAAGUUUUUUUAAUUUAAAAUCACUAUCACUUCAAAGAAUUUUAUUUUAAGGAUAACCGCAUUAAUUUAAUAGAAGCUCCUGGUUUUGACCUUGUGACAUUCUUUCUCUCUCUUGACCCCCUGCUCAACAGGUCAGGCAGCACCUGUGAAGAGAAAUCACAGUUAACG